AUGCCAAAAAAAGCCCUAAAGAAAAGAAAGAUCUCAAAACAAAGAAAAUCAUCGUCUGCAAGUUCUGAUAAAAGUGAUUAUUCAGUCAUGGAUAGUACCGAUGAAAGUCCUGAUCGUUCCCAAAAUCAAAAUGGUAAAUGUUUGUAUUGUGAUGGCCUUUUUUCUGAAGACGUUCAUGGAGAGAAAUGGAUCCAAUGUGCAUCAUGUAGGCGGUGGACUCAUGAAGACUGCGCUGGCAUAGAAGAUAUGGUUGAUUACUAUGUGUGCGAAUUCUGUACCAGGGAUUAG